AUUUAGGCUGCCUUCCUGCUGCAUCUAGGACCCUGGGGCGAGGUUUGUGCCGGUACUUAGACAACUGACUUCCACCAAAAGCAGAUGCUUGGACCGAUACUUGGACCAGUGGCUCGCUGGGGGCUUUGCUAACUUUCCCCAGGCCCUCCGCUCUGCUUUUGUAUUCAGAUAGUUUGUAAGUGGUUCCUGGUUUCUUCAGGAAGGUUGUUUGCACAUGACCUGCGAUCUGACAGCAGAUGAAGUACUUCUUCAGUGCUACUUUGAAUCAGGCUUCAUGUGUAUGUCAGCUAUACACAGCUGGUUAAAAUACUGCUAAGGCAUGAACCCUGCAAUGCCUUUUUUAGUAAGGAAUGGACCAGAGGUCCACCCCCAUGAACGGUUAUGGACAGCCCUGGAGAAGUGUUGCCAGCCUUUGCUCUCCCCAGGAGCACUGAAGUAGCCACGUAGCCUGCUUAUCCUGGGACCUUAUCCCCCACAUUGCAGUGGUGAGCUAAGCUGGACAUAGAUAGUACUGGAUCCAUCACUCCUUAAAAGCCAGACCCUUCAGGGACAGUCACUAUGCUCAGCUGGGCCUGUCCGAGGAAACUACAUGGCAGCCAUGUGGGUGGCAAGUGUGUAAUGCACAGAUGCAAGGUCAGUUGAACUGUUCUGCUCACUCCUCUGUGGGAACAAGCCCCAGUCUGAGCAGCCAUGGCAGACAAAUCUGCUUUAUGAGCUCAGUCCCAUGAAAUACGUGCUAUACAUCUCUGACUUAGCUAGUCCUUAAGGUGCAAAUCUAUGCUGACUUCAGACUCACAUGACUAGCUGCCUCUCUCUGCUUAGAGACCCCCAGACACUGUAGCCCUUUAUGUGUGUCCCAUAGUUGUAGGGCACAGGCUGCAGAAAGUCACCUGGCCAUGAGAACAGAUGAGGUUUGUGCACACCCUGGCACCUGUCUUUCCCACACAGACCUGGCCUGGUCUGCAGGGAGAUGAUGUGGACAGAAUGAGUGCCUUAUGCCCGGUACAUACCCACCGUGGACAACCCACAGAAACAAACUGUCCACUUUUCCUUGGAUCAAGUGCAGCCACUGGCUCCUGCUAGGGUUACAAUAGCCAGUGUCCAGCAAAGCUUCAGGCUCCAGAUUGAGUUGACGUUGUUGAGAUUAUUAAGUAUCUAUAUUAGAGCAGCACCCAGAGACACCCCCUGAGAAUAAGGUGCUUGGUGCUGUAUAAAUGUCUAGCAAUAGGCAGCUCACGCCCCAAUAUGUAACUGAAGAGCAGGUCAAAGUGAGAGCAGAAACAGACACGAGUGAUUUGCCAGUGGGUCAGUGGCAGAGUCAGAAGCAGAACCUAGGUCUCCUGGGCCCCAGCCCAGUGCAUUGCCUGCUUUGUUUCUUACUGCUGUACAACAUUUAAACCAUGGUAGCACCUAAAUGGCAAGCAGGUCAGAGCCUCACACAAAUGGGAAGCUAAUGACAGUCCCAUCCCGCAGACGUUAUAGACGUAACAGGCAGACAAGACCAGAGGUGUAGCAAGCUCCUUCAGCAUCCUGUGCAGAACAGCUUGGGGUUUCCAUCCACCACUGGAGAGCCUGGGGGAAGGAAGGGGGAGCAGAGUCUUACUUGCCCUGACUCUCAGCACUUAGGUGGCAGGUGCUACUGCUGCAGACUCCUGCUCCCCCCACAAAUAGUACUGGAUGUGGAGAUGCAUAGCAAAGACUCCCGGAGGGAGGGGGUUCCCCUUUGUGUCAGUGCCUGGGGAUAGUGCCUUGCUUGUUUCCCCCUCUCCUCCCCAGCCCAAUUAUGCUAUUAAGCAAGACAAACUGACAGCUGGGGGCACAGAAGAGGACCCAGGGAUGGGACAGACAGUAGUGAUGACAUUAACCCCCUCCAUUCCCAGACCGCUCCUCUGCACAGCAGGGAGCACUGGGCGUCCUCCAAGUGCCUUCCCAUAGUGCACAACCCAACAUGACUCCACAGCUAUUGCAAGUGAGCCAGACACAGCGGGGUAAUGCUUUGCUGGAAGGCACUCAGACCCCUGUGACAUGGACCAGGGCAGGACUUGCAGGGAAUAGCAGAGAGCAGGGAGCCCAGGGAGCCAGCACCUUAGGCAUGUGCAGUCCCUACCCUUUCUGUGAAUCAGCGUUUCCCUCCUGUGCCAUCCUAGCCUGCUUCUCGGCUUGGCUAGGGCAUAGCAAUCUCCUCCUGGAGAGCUGCCCAGCCCUGGGCACUGCCAAGAUACCUCAUGGUGCCGCAGCCAUCUGGAAAUGUGCACUGGCCUUUGGUGCGAUUCUAGGGGAUUUCUACCUGCCUGUUAUUUGUGGCAUUUGCACCGUGGCUGGGUUGUAAUCAGGGUGGUGGUAACAGGCAGCAGGGUGUCUGCUUGGCCUGUGGGCUUGCAGCUUUGGGAGGUGCCCUGUGGUCCAUACAGCAUUCCCUGCACGGCUCACAUAUGCCCAACCAAGGCCCAGCCCCUGCAUGAGCCCACAGGAACUGGCUCCCCUCUCCCCUCUCUCUGGAGCAGGUCAGCUCCAGCCUGCUGAUCACUGCUCUGGUGAGUUGUCUUGCGGCCGCCAGAGGGCCUGGGGCUCCCACUAGGGCAGCUUGGCUGCAGAAACUGCUUUUAUUUUGGCCAGAGCUCAGCAGAGAAUCCAGAGCAGAGGCUGGAGCCGGGAGAGGCAGGCAGCAGCCUUCCUGCAUCCCAGCCGCCCGCACUGCUCCACCAGAUCCUCUCCUGGCGUGGGGCUGCCUUGCCGGGCAGGGGCUGCUGUCUCCAGGUGGUGGAUCUCUCUCCCACUCGCACACAAGGAGUCAUGCCUCUACUCUGGACCCUCCUGCAUGUGCUGAUGCUGCAGUGGACUUCAGGUGAGGAGGCCACACAUGGGCAUGCUGGGCUCACCUGGGAAGGCAGCACACAUCCAGGGCAGGAGGAUGAGACCAGCAGAAGCAGUUUGGGGCUGAACUUUCUGCUGGAGGCACCGGUGAAGGUGCAACACCCACAGGAUGGUCUGCAGGACACGUCAGCACCAGGGGAGAGGCUGACAAGGACAAGGCUGCGCCGAGGGACGGAGGAUGAGGACUCCAAGUCAGUCCAACAAUAUGUGCCAGGUGUGCGGGUGGAGUUCCCCCGGCCCAUCAACCCUGGCAGCCUAUGGCCAACCAAGCCCCUGGUGCCCUCCAGCACAGACCCAUCCAAGCACCAGGAAGGGAGCCACACCAACCCACAGGGCACAGACCCCCGGAGCAACCUUACCACAACACCGGACAAGCGGAUGCAGAUCCAGAACCCUCUGUACCCGGUGACUGAAAACUCAUACAGUGCCUAUGCCGUGAUGUUCCUGUCCCUCAUCGUCUUCGCAGUGGGCAUCAUCGGGAACCUCUCAGUCAUGUGCAUCGUCUGGCACAACUACUACAUGAAGAGUGCCUGGAACUCCAUCCUGGCCAGCCUGGCAUUCUGGGACUUCCUCAUCCUCUUCUUCUGCCUGCCGGUGGUCAUCUUCAAUGAGCUCACCAAGAAGAGGCUCCUGGGGGAUAUCUCCUGCCGCAUUGUGCCCUUCAUGGAGGUAUCUUCCCUUGGAGUCACCACCUUCAGCCUCUGUGCCUUGGGCAUCGACAGGUUCCAUGCAGCUACCAGUCCUCAGGCCAAGACGAGGCCCAUUGAGCAGUGCCACUCCAUCAUCGCCAAGCUGGCAGUCAUCUGGGUGGGCUCCAUGACCCUGUCCACACCAGAAAUCCUCCUCUGGCAGCUGACUCAGGACACAUCACCAGUGUCUGGGGUGGUGACCGAGUACUGCACCAUGAAGCCUUCAUCGGACCUGCCUGAGUCUGUCUACUCCUUGGUCCUCACUUACCAAAAUGCCAGGAUGUGGUGGUACUUCGGCUGCUAUUUCUGCUUGCCCAUCCUCUUCACUGUGAGCUGCCAGCUGGUGACCAGAAGGAUCAGCAGCAAUGAAAAGAAAGCUGAGUGCCGCGGGACCAAGCACAGCCAGUGCGAGAGCCAGCUCAACUGUACCGUCAUCGGGCUGACGGUGAUCUACAGCCUCUGCACCAUCCCUGAGAACGUCUGCAACAUCGUGGUAGCCUACAUGUCCCCAGACAUGUCCAAGCAGACCCUGGACCUGCUGAGCCUCAUCAAUCAGUUCUUCCUGUUCUUCAAGUGCUCCGUGACACCCGUCCUGCUCCUCUGCCUCUGCAAGCCGCUGGGCCAGGCCUUCAUGGAUUGCUGCUGCUGCUGUUGCGAGGAGUGCAGCCAGGACACAUCCUCCAGUGAUGGUAGCUCUGACAGCAAGCUCAAAACAGAGAUGUCCUCCUCCAUGUUCUUCGACAAACCCCGGGAGUCACCCCCGCCAAUCACGGCCAUUGGCACGCCUUGCUAAGCUCAGCCAGCCCCAGGGGAAGCAGUAGAGAUUGUUCCAUUGCCUUAACCCAAGACCAAAUGUUGUUUUUACCUUAGUCUCAGUAUGUGAACAUGCACCAAGCAGCAGAGAGGAAGCAGGGGCUGCCUUUUCAUGUUUGAAAGCUCGGACCAAGCCAGGGAGAUGGAAGUGCUGUUUCCAAUGGAUGUGGCUUCAUGGGCAGCUCUCUUGCUUCUGCUGGAAGGUCACCAAGGACUUGAGCAUCUUCCAGCCCUGCCUUGCUAGCUUGUGAGGUUGGUGGGGUUGCACUUCUGGGCAUGGAGGCAUCUUCAGUGAAGCGUUUUGGAGCGGUCCCAGCUGCAGCACAUCAAGGACUAGGAGUUUCCAUGGCAUCUCUUAGAGGAUGUAGCAAAUAUUAACCUGUCUGACCUGUCCCGGGUUCUUGCUGCCCUCCUUCCUCCCCAGUGGGAGGAGGCCUCAGUGACAGUACUCCUGUGUGAUGUAAGCACUCCCCAUCAGAGUCCCCUCUUCCUCAAUAAAUCAAUAUAACCUAGACAGAACCAAGCUCUCCCUCAAGGCAAAUUCUUCCCUGCAGUGCCCUGGGGAGUAAGCUGGGCUCUUCUGGAGGCACAUCAUGGUCUCCCUGUCAGUGCUAGGCCAGCUGAUUUGGACUGAGAGCCCUGCUGUCUUCCACAGUGCUCCUCUCCACUCCAGGCAGGGGGGCGGUGACUUUGGAGGUGUCAGCACCCAGACUUUUUGCAUUGCCGUGAGAAGUCUGGAGGUCCAGAGCACAGGCUAAUAGUGUACAUGACUGGCUGGGUUGGCCAUUUAGAUGCAUCAUCAACCCACAUAACUGCAGAUUAAAUCAAAUGGAGACUGCUGGCCAGGGCCUGGGUUGAUGGUAGGACAUCGAGAGAGGAGUGGAAGGAACCAAAGUCACCUCUCUGCUCUCACAACCUGGGGCUUGUUGGGUGCCUAAAACUUGCUCCAAGUUACACUGCAGGGGCUGUUCUCCCAGAUGGAGACUCCUGGAGUGCAAGGUGCCUUCCACUGACACCACCCCUAACAUAUUCCAUAGCCGUAGCCCAGCAGGUCUUUUGUGUGGAGAGUCCCAUACAUCCGAUGUAGUCAGCUCAUUUAGCUCAGGACAGAUGCUCCCAAUUGCAGCAGUCACAUCCUCACAAGAGCCCCUUAACCCUCUGAAGCCUCCCCCCUCCCAUGCGUGCUGGCCCUGGGUUUGCUCGUGAUUGGGCUGUUUCCCUCCCUCUUGGAUAUCUUGACAGCUCAGGGAGUGCUACAGCAGUUGAUGGGGCAAACAAAUGCAACCAGGGCAAACGGACUGCCUGUAAGAUGCCCCGUCCCCCCCGCCAGCCCCUGCUGUGCAGCAGUAGGAUGGCUGGAGUCCUGCAGGGCCUGGCCUCAGACUGUGGGCUUUGGCAGGGUAAGCAGGGGGAAGGCUCUGUGCCCUGUGCUGGAGAAGCCCUUCCCUGGCCCCAGCACAAAGAGCCCUCUCUGCUGCAUGCAGCCUCCCGUGGCUCCGAAGGCUCUUGUUCAGAAGGGAAGAGCAGGCAGCUGCCGAGAGUCCCAUGUGGACGUGCUUAGAGCCACAUUUUGCACACCGGGCAGCCUCUCCUGAGGGGGCAGGGGUUGGCCAUGGGUCAGCAGUGCCAGCCCAGGGCACUGAGUCAAGCAUUUCACAAGGAAUUUGUUCCUGCUUUAAGUUCAAACCAACCCAUCUGAUCCACCUUGGCUGGGGGUGCCAACAGGGUGCUGCUCAGCUCAAGCUGUGUGACCCCCCUGGAGCCAGUGCAGCCCCAAACCCACUGCAGGAGGCUUUCCCCUCAUCAGGCCCAGCUCCCCCUGGGCAUCUGCAAUGACAGGCAAGGUGACUGCUGUUGUGUUCAUCAGUCCCAACCCAGCCUGGCUGGGGGAAGUGGCAGAGUCACUGUUCCCUCACUCCAGGUCCUGACACCCUCUGGCUCCUACCCAGAGCAGCUCCCCCCAGGAAAGAACACAAGGGUGUAUUUUUGGGCCCCAACUCAGACUGGAAGUAGUGAAAAGUUCAUCAAACCAGCGGGUGUAUUUCAUGCUCCCAAGCCUACUCUUCACUUCCAACACAACAAGAGGGUGGAAACAAUGACAUAGCAGGAGGGAGGCUAUGCCUAAAUGAUCCAAACCAGGAGGGUCAAAAUUCAGCCCACCCAAAAGACAUCCAGUCCAGAGGAGGUUGCAGCUGGCAGGGUCCUCAGGAGGUCAUGUCUCAUCCAAUCCCCUGCUUGAAGCAGAAUCAUCCCUAACUAAAUCAACCAAAGGCCUGUCUAACCUGUUCUUAAAAACUUUUGAG